GACGAUUACGACGAUGCUUGAUGAGUUCGUACAACACCCAAAUAACAAUCACGUAAUAAAAUCAAGAAUUGAUAAUUUAGACGAACAAGGUUGGAAUUCUGAUCCAACCUUGCAAUUAUUAGACAUAGACAAUCAAAAUGGGGAUUUAGAAGACACAAUAUUUGAACUGACUCAGGUUCAAUUCUCUCCGCCUUCUCAUAUUGUCAAUCUGACCGUUAUCAACAACCAUCUCUUCAUUUUGUUAGAAACUGGACAGAUUUUACAGAUUAAUUUAUUACAAGCUGAUAUUAUUGAUAAUUUAGAUAUCACGUCUACUACUUUAAGUAGGAAUGCGAAGGUUUAUGUUGAUCCUACACUUAAACACCUUAUCGUAGUCGAUACAACAGAGAAUGGUGUUCAUUAUAUACAUACGGACACAAGACGUGCCAAGUUGUUGCCAAAAUUGAGUAGGUUGGGCUUAAGUACCCUACAUUUUGUUAAUACAAGGUCAUCAUCAUUUCAACAAUCAGCUGUAAUUCUAGUGGGAACUUUUGAAGGAAAUGUCUAUCAAUCGGUUAUAAACCCAAAUCCAUCAGACAUUUUCAGAAAAAACAGUGAAGAGAGACAAAUCAAGCUGUUAUUCUCAUUUAAAGAGUCAAUUGUUGAUAUACGAAGUCACAUUAAUGAUGAUAGAAAAUCAGCUGUCGUUUUUGUCAUAACUAAAUCAAGAACUUACACUUUCAUUGGGCCAUUUGGUAGAAUGGACAACGACGGUGGUGUUGGAUUCGAAGGUGUAUUCUCUCAGUCACCAUUCUCAAUUAAGAUAAGCGAGAGUGGACUUUCAUCACAUACGUCCUUCAACUAUGAUGUUCGAUUAGCUAGGAAUUCACUCUCACCACCAAAAUCAAUUGCUUGGUUAUGCGACAAAUCUCUCUACAACGCUAAAUUGGAUUUAAGCACACACAACCCUGAAAUGGUAUUCCAAAAAUCCACUCUGACGGAUGUUGAUGUAGAAGCUAAGAGUAUCUUAUUAACAGAACAUCAUUGUUUAUGUUUAUACCAAGGCGGGAUUAAGUCGUUAAGAUUACUUGAUGGUGCAGUUAUAUGGGAUGAACCACUUCCAGAUACGAUCAUCGGUAUGCAGAGGGAUGACCUCUGUGGGACGUUCUGGCUAUACUCUCAUGAUUCUAUUUACGAGUUAACAGUUAGAGAUGAAGACAGGGAUGUAUGGACUGUAUAUCUAAGUAAGCGGGAAUUUGAUAAUGCCCUGAAAGUUUGCAAGAAUACACAACAAAGAGAGAUUAUAUUGGCAAAGCAAGCUGAUGUCUUUUUCGCUCAAGGAAAGUACAUACAAUCCGCUCAAGCGUACGCACAAUCGACAACCAAAGCAUUUGAAACCGUAGUUUUGAAAUUCGUAGAUGCAAAUGAAAGAGAUUCAUUGAGGUAUUACUUAAGUGCCAGACUGGAGAGGACAAGAAAAGCGGAUUUAACACAACGCAUGAUGUUAGCUACUUGGAUGUUGGAAAUAUACCUUGAUAAAUUAAACCAACUAGAAGAUCUAAUGGCUAGUGAAUCAACAGAGGAUGAUACUGAAAAUGCUAAAACUGAAUAUUCAAUGAUGGAAGAUGAUCUUAAAACGUUUUUGAGUACUUACAAAAAUAACUUGGAUAGGAAAGUAGUCUACGAUAGCUUUAAAAUUCAUGGUAGAUAUAAUUUACUACUUGAAUAUGCUAGUUAUGUUGAAGAUUGGUCCACGAUUGUUGAAGAUCACGUUCAUAGUGGUAGAUGGAAUGAUGUUUUAGAAACUCUACCAAAACAAACAAAUCGAGAUUUGUAUUAUAGAUAUGCCUUUCUGUUGCUUAGAGAAGCAUCGGAGAAGACUAUUGAAAUAUGGAAGCGAGAACCGAGGUUAGAAUUAAAACGACUUAUACCAGCUUUGAUACAAACCGAAAAGCUCUCCAAGGAGAGUAGAAGAUGCGCCAUAGACUACCUACUGUGGAGGAUCGACUCCGAUGGAAGUCAAGAAGCUAUAGCACACAACCUCUAUAUCAAUUUAUUAUCGAAAGACAGUGAAAACGAGGACGAAUUAGUUGAAUACCUUAAAAGAACACCUACGCCGAAGUUUGAUGUUGACUUCGCCUUGAGAUUAUUUGACAAAAGGGGCCUCAAUAAGGCUUGCAUACAGGUUUACGCUAUUAUGAAACUAUAUGACUGUAGUGUAGAUCUCGCGAUCAACUCUGGUGAUUUGAAUCUAGCCAAGGUUUAUGCAGACAAACCUACCGAUGAUCCUAUCCUGCGCAAGAAAUUAUGGUUGAGAAUUGCAAGAGUUAUAGUUCAAGAUCAACAUGAUAUAAAGAGUGCUAUGCAAUUUUUAGAAGGUUCAGAUGUAUUACAGUUGGAAGACAUACUACCCUUUUUCCCGUCAUUUGAAGUCGUUGAUGACUUUAAAGAAGAGAUUUGCAAUGCUUUGGAUAGGUACUCAUCAAGAAUUCAAGAUCUUCAAGUUGAUAUGGACGAAUCAGCACGGACUUCUCAACGCAUAAAGGACGAAAUGGAGAAAUUGAAAGAUAGAUACGUCGUUAUUUCACCUAAUGAGAAGUGUGCUCUAUCUGGAAAAUCAAUAUCUGGUUGCGAAUUUUAUGUAUUCCCUACGCAACGUGUAUACAGAGCAGACGCAUUGCUUGAAAGGCUCACAACGUAUGCAGAACCGUCAACACUUAAGAGAAUAAUUGAAUUGCAGUCAGAAAUCGAAGGCGUUAAGACAACACCGAAGAGUUCAUACUUCACUGGAGAACGAUUAAGAGAGCUUAUCGUACCAUCAACUAUAAAUCAAAUAUUUAACACAUCAACAAAACGCAGAAAGGAUGUCUCAAAACUUCGUAAAGAAUUGGAUGAAAUAUUGACGAAAUCAGACCCAUUAGUGGAGGAAUCUAUAAUUAACAUAGAUAAACCAUUCGCUAGUAUAAACCAAGAGUGGAAUUUAUAAGAUAUAUUUUUGUAUAUUUUUUUCUCUAAUACCCAAAUCCAUU